GUGGAGUCUCCUUCUCUGCAGACAUUCCAACCUGCCUGGACACCUUCCUGUGUAACCUCAUCUGGGUGUUCCUGCUCCAUGGGGGGAUUGCACUGGAUGAGCUUUCCAGGUCCCUUCCAACCCCUGACAUUCUGUGAUUCUGUGAUUUUUACCAAGAAGCUGCUUUUCUUUCAGUCUGGUUGGCAGCUGCCUGUCACAUAUUCCAGCUGGGAGAUCUUUCUCCACCAAUUCUUGGCCGGUUGUCUCCCCAGCACCUGGCCCUGUCACUUACCCAUGGAGGUGUGACAUCCUUGGUCUGUACAAGUGGAUAUAAAUUUGACAUCUGUUCUUUUCAAGCAGAUCUCUUGUAUCUCAUUCUUUCAUGACUCCUGCAGAUAAUUGCACUCUGUCGAUAUUUCCUAUUGUCUCCCAGACUUUCCCAGCAUUUCGUGUGAGCUUCUGACCGUGUCCUCAUUCCCUCAAACAAGACAUAUUCCUGCUGCUUCUGUUUGUUUGACUCCAUAAGCUGAUUGCCAAAUAAGGAGUAAACAGCACAAAUGGGAAAGUCAAUUUGACUUAAAAUAGCAUGAAUUGAAGACUGUUGUUCUCUGUGCUCUCCCUGCAGUGCUAAAUACCCAGAGAGCUGGGAAGACUGACUGCUUUCUGUUGAGAAUAAUGAAGUCGGCCCAAAAUGGGGACCUAUUGGUUACCAGUUACGAAGAUCCUGCCAAGCUGUGAAGGCAAGCGAAGUCUCAGUGUAUAUUCUGAAGCCAUUGUGCAGAAACCGAACGAUCGACUUUGUGCAUGUUCAGAAAUAUGAGCGGAAAACUGGAGAGCAGAGAAAGAUGGAGAACAAAAACAGAAGGAUGCGAACGAGAGAUGGAAUAUGAAGCAGAGCAAAAAGGAACGGGGAGAAGAGGAAAUGCAGAGACCGACAUGGACAAAGGAUCUCAGCUCGUUUGCCAUGCCCUUCUUGGACGGUGAUGUGGAGAGCGCAGACAAAAAUGCUUCUCGCAAGGCGGAAGAAAGCUGCUCUGCUGGCAGUCCUUCAAAAGGCCUUUUCUCAAAAGGGCUCCAGAACCGACCUUCCAGCCCUGUUUCUGCCCCUGUGAGAUCCAAACAUAGCCCUGGCUCACCCAAAACAGUGUUCCCCUUCCCCUACCAGGAGUCUCCCCCACGCUCCCCACGCCGAAUGAGCUUCAGUGGGAUCUUCAGGUCCUCCUCCAAAGAGUCCUCCCCCAAUUCUAACCCGUCUACCUCUCCUGGGGGCAUCAAGUUUUUCUCCAGAUCAAGAAAAACCUCUGGCCUCUCCUCUUCUCCAUCUACUCCAACACAAGUGACCAAGCAGCCCACGUUUCCUCUGGAAUCCUAUAAACAUGAGCCCGAGAGACCAGAAACACGGAUUCACUGUUCUUCACCUCCGGACACAGGGCAGAGGUUUUCUUUGCCUCCGUCUCAAAGCGCAGCCAAGCCCCCCGUGAUGGCUCCGGCUCCCUGUGCUACCUCAAAACCAGCGGCGGCGGCGGCAGCGGCUCCGGCUCCUUCUCAGCUCCCGGCCGCCUCCGAAGGGAUGCUGGAGAAACUAGAGCUCGAAGAUGAAGCACUUGAAGAAUCGGAAAGUGACAUUUAUGUGCGAUUCAUGAGGUCACACAAGUGUUAUGACAUUGUUCCAACAAGCUCUAAGCUUGUUGUUUUCGACACUACGCUACAAGUAAAGAAAGCCUUUUUUGCCUUGGUGGCAAAUGGUGUGAGAGCAGCUCCACUGUGGGAGAGCAAAAAACAGAGUUUUGUAGGAAUGUUAACAAUUACAGAUUUCAUUAACAUACUGCAUAGAUACUAUAAGUCUCCAAUGGUUCAGAUUUAUGAAUUGGAGGAGCACAAGAUAGAAACCUGGAGGGAGCUUUAUUUGCAAGAGACAUUUAAACCUUUAGUGAACAUCUCCCCAGAUGCAAGCCUUUUUGAUGCUGUAUAUUCAUUGAUCAAAAACAAAAUCCACAGAUUGCCAGUUAUAGAUCCUGUCAGUGGAAAUGCACUUUAUAUACUAACCCAUAAAAGAAUCCUCAAGUUCCUCCAGCUUUUUAUGUCAGAGAUGCCAAAGCCUGCCUUUAUGAAGAAGAAUCUGGAUGAACUUGGAAUAGGAACUUACCACAACAUUGCCUUCAUCCAUCCCGACACUCCUAUCAUUAAAGCCUUGAAUAUAUUUGUAGAGAGAAGGAUAUCGGCAUUGCCCGUUGUGGAUGAGUCAGGAAAAGUUGUAGAUAUUUAUUCCAAAUUUGAUGUAAUAAAUCUUGCUGCUGAAAAAACAUAUAAUAACCUAGAUAUCACGGUGACGCAAGCGCUACAGCACCGUUCGCAGUAUUUUGAAGGUGUUGUGAAGUGUAGUAUGCUGGAAACACUGGAGACCAUUGUGGAUAGAAUAGUGAAGGCUGAGGUUCAUCGUUUGGUGGUAGUGAAUGAAGCCGAUAGCAUUGUGGGUAUCAUCUCCCUUUCCGACAUUCUACAAGCUUUGGUACUCACACCAGCAGGUGCCAAACAAAAGGAGAAUGAAAGCGAAUGACUGCCCUGAAUGUGCGCACGUUUGUAGGAGAACUUGAACAAAGCUUCUGGGUCAAGUUUGUCUCAAGAACAGUGACUGCAAUAGAACAGAGCAGGAUGGUUGAGAAUGUGUAUUGGGACUUGGUGAUGGCUGAUGAGUCUAUUCCCCCCAGUGAUGUCGCAAAAAAAAAAGCAGCAUGACAAAAAGCUUAUGUUAAAAUGUAGGCUUGUAUUUCAAAAUGUCUUCAAAACAUUUGCUGGAAGACUUCACAUGAUGUCCUUCAUUAAAAUGCACUGUAUUCUGAAACUUUUUCAUUUUGUAUUUGACAGAAGUCACUGGUCAGCAAUGGAUAUAUGUGACAUAAGGCAAGUGUAUGGCAUAUUCAUAUCAUAGUGCCUUAUGUCAAAAUACAGCAAUAUGUCAUCACUGUUGCCCAUCACUGUCAAAGGAAGUGUUGUGCUAAACAAGACACUGUAUUUGAAUGUGAAAGUCUUUAAACCUAAAACCAAAUCAGUUUCAGUUCUCAUUAGAUUUGUCAUAAAAGCUGUAAUUUGAAUAUCGGUAGACUUCUUUAAAACUUUAAUGACAGUUUUUUGUGUUAAAUGUUGCAUUCUGAACGGAGAUGUAAAACAAGACUGAUUUUAAAAACAGCUUUAUUUAUUUUUACUUUCAUGACAAUUUUUUACACAUCUUUGGUGGAUAGCUAAAAUUUCACCAUAUCCAUUAAUAAACUGUUGAUUGUUAUACAAA